UACAAGAAUGGAAGAAUACACUUUCGGAUUUAGAUAUUAAAGGAAUAGUCUAUUCUUUAAAUAGGUUGAGCCUCGUUUUGAUUGAAAACGUCUUUUCAUCGGUAUAACAUCCAUUCUACUUUACAAAAAUGCAGUGGAGUGAUUCGAAUUACGAUGCCCACGAACCUUCGGAUGCUUAUGGUGGGUACUCAGAUUAUGAAGCUCAUUCAGGUGACACUUACCAGGAUCAAGACUAUUCUGAAAGUCAUCAUCAGUACAGCCAGCCAGACUAUAUUAUUCCUGCAAACCUAAAGGACUUCCUGGUCUAUUUUCAUAAAGUUAUCACUGACCAAGAUCUAUAUGAGAUUCAGAAUGCCUAUGAAAAUGGAUUCAAUAAGUUGACUGACCGUUACUUCCGGAACACUCCCUGGCCAGAAACUGCAGCAGUGUCAAAUAUUGUGAAUGAUGAACUAUUUCUCACCUUGUACAGAGAGCUCUACUAUCGUCAUUUGUAUGCCAGAGUUCCAACAAAAACAACAUUGCAGCAUAGAAUUGAUUCCUAUUUCAACUACUGUAGUCUUUUCAAUUAUAUUCUGAACGAUAAUGAACCGGUUCCUUUGGAUUUACCUAACCAAUGGUUAUGGGACAUCAUCGAUGAGUUUAUUUAUCAGUUUCAGUCAUUCACAAUCUAUAGAUCUGCGAUUGAACAAAGAACACCUCAAGAGAAAAGUGCAUUGCAGAGAAAUCCUAAGGUUUGGAAUGUUCACAGUGUCCUUAACGCUCUUCAUUCCCUUGUUGAGAAGUCCAAUAUCAACCGUCAAUUAGAGGUAUACACUAGUGGCGAUUCCCACUUUCAGAAUAAAUAUUCUUGUGUGCCAGCAUGCCAGAUCACCACCUUUUAUUAUGUUGGAUUUGCCUAUAUGAUGAUGCGCCGGUACCAAGAUGCCAUUCGUACAUUCUCCAACAUUUUACUCUAUAUCCAGCGUACUGAACAGAUGUUCCAGUAUAAGGUUCAGCUGUAUGACCAGAUCAACAAAAUGAAUGAUAAAAUGUACAUGUUGUUGGCCAUCUGCUUGGUUCUUCAUCCGAUGCGUAUUGAUGAAAGUGUUCAUUUCAGGUUACGGGAAAAAUGUGGAGACAGUAUGUUAAAAAUGCAAAUGGGAAGUAUAAAUGAUUUUGAGCAGUGCUUCAGUAGAGCCUGUCCGAAAUUCUUGUCUCCUGUUACACCUGAUUAUGAAAAGGAAAAUAUGAACUUCAGCAAGUACCCUUAUGAAUUACAACAGAAAGUUUUUCUACGAGAAGUGGAACAACAAUUUAACUCACUCAAUAUUCGCAGUUUCCUCAAGUUAUACACUACCUUGCCUAUUCCAAAGUUGGCAGCUAUGAUUGACAUUUCUGAACAUGAACUACACACUCAGCUCAUGUGUUUCAAGCACAAAAUGAAGAAUUUGGUUUGGACAAAAGGCACCAGUGGUCUUGAUGGUGAAUUUCAGUCCACUUCAGAACUAGAUUUCUACAUUAAUCGGGACAUGAUCCAUGUAGCUGACACAAAGGUAGCCAAUCGUUAUGGUGACUAUUUCAUCCGCCAAAUCCAUAGAUUCCAAGAGGUGAUAGACACAAUGAAAUAUAUCUCAAACUCAACUUUUUAAAAUAUGGUUUGUUGGAUAAACUGCUAUAAAGAGUACACGUGCCUCUAAUUUUACUGUGAAUCCUCGAAUUACAUGAUCUGUUAUUGGAGAUCAUAGUCUUACAUAAUGUAAUGUCAUUUUCAAUGUCAAAAAAUUAUGUAAAAAUUGUUUAAAGCUUACAGAUUUCUCCAUUAAAAUAGCAUCUUGUAACAAUA